GGUUUGAUCACGCAGCACACAAUGGUAGUCGAUGUCAUUCAGACGUCGGUAACCAGCGUAUUGGCACUCUUUCUUACAGCUGCUGGAGCUUUGGAGAAUCAUCUGGACGAAUGCAUUAGCGGCCUUGUUUUGAAUAUUCCCUUUCGAUUCGGAAUAAUCAGGCAGCUAUUCAGCGACAGUAUGGCUGUGCACAGAUGCCCGAUCGCAGCAGAGGGGAGCUCAAACACCCGAACCGGUGCCGUGAAGAAUGGGAAUAAUGCAGAUGAAGAAGGACUCAUAAUCCUCGUAAAGAAAAGGGGGAUGGAACCAAGCGUCUUUUCGUGUUGUACUCGCCAGUUCCGCGUCUAAAUUGGAUGUCAAAGUGGACCAACUUGUCGGAUUACGUCCUCAUCCUUCUACUAUCCAGGCAGGCGAGUCCGGCUGGGCUGACUUUCAACUUCUUCCGGCUCUUUUUGUUGGUCUUCCCCUCCCUUAAUCCCCGGCGCAAGGUGACCAUGGCCGCCGUCCCGGCUGCUCUCCUCCCGCCGAGCGCCCUCGUGUUGCCGCCGGCGAUGUCCGCGGCCAGCUGCACCGCGUCCCCGACGUCCGUCACCUCCUCGCCGUCACCGCUGCCGCCUCCGCCGCCGCCGCCGCCGCUCUCGCUGCCGCCGCCUCUCCCCCAGCAGCAGCAGCAGCAGCAGCAACAGCAGCAGCAAGCGCUCUUCCGCUCCGAGCUGCUCGCCGCCGGCAGCCCGGGCAUCCCCGCGCCGGGCAAGCCCGUCUACUCCACGCCGUCGCCCGUGGAGAACAUCCCGCAGAACAACGAGUGCAAGAUGGUGGAGCUCCGCGGCGCCAAGGUGGCGUCGUUCACCGUGGACGGCUGCGAGCUCAUCUGCCUGCCGCAGGCGUUCGACCUGUUCCUCAAGCACCUGGUGGGCGGCCUCCACACCGUCUACACCAAGCUCAAGCGGCUGGAGAUCACGCCGGUGGUGUGCAACGUGGAGCAGGUCCGCAUCCUCCGCGGGCUCGGCGCCAUCCAGCCCGGCGUCAACCGCUGCAAGCUCAUCUCCAGGAAGGACUUCGAGACGCUCUACAACGACUGCACCAACGCCAGCUCCAGACCCGGGCGGCCCCCGAAGAGAACCCAGAGCGUGACAUCGCCGGAGAACCCUCACAUCAUGCCGCACACUGUCCCCGGUCUCAUGUCCCCCGGCAUGAUGCCACCCACAGGUCUGACGGCGGCGGCGGCGGCGGCUGCCAACGCGGCCAUCGCCGAGGCCAUGAAGGUGAAGAAGAUCAAGCUGGAGGCCAUGGGCGGCUACCACGCCGGCGCCAACCACCACGGGGCUGACGGUGAGAACGGAGACCUCGGCUCCAGCGUGGGCCUGGAGCUCCCCUUCAUGAUGAUGCCCCACCCCCUGAUCCCCGUCAGCCUGCCGCCGGCCUCCGUCACCAUGGCGAUGAGCCAGAUGAACCACCUCAGCACCAUCGCCAACAUGGCCGCCGCCGCCCACAGCCAGAGCCUGCCCUCGAGGAUGGUCACCUCUGUCAUCAAGGGUAUGCAGGAGCGGAUCCCGGACAGUCCCUCCCCCGCCCCGUCCUUGGAGGACCACAGGAGGUCCGGCAGCCACCCGUCGUCCCACCGCAGCAGCAGCGUGUCCAGCUCGCCGGCCCACACAGAAAGCUCCUCGGACAGAAUACCGCCACACCACAACGGCCUGUCCAUGAACCAGGUCCUACUGGGCUUGUCCCCCAACAUGCCGCCCGGGCCUAAGGAGGGAGACCUGGCGCACGACAUGAGCCACGAGCUGAAAAGGAUGCACGCUGAAAAAGGGGUGUCAAAGUAG